CGUUCGUGAAGUGGAGAAGGUAAAGGUCACCAAGCGGCAAGAUGGCGGAUAAAGGGAUCCCCAAGCGUAUUAAGUUCCUCUUUGGGGGAAGCGCGGGCAUGCUGGCAACAUGCUUUGUGCAACCCUUGGAUGUGGUGAAGAACAGAUUGCAAUUAAGUGGAGAAGGAGGGGCGCCUAGGCUCUACAACAGUUCCUUUGAUGCCAUCAGGGCCAUCCAUGUUAAGGAAGGACUUAAUGGCUUGUUUGCUGGUCUUUCAGCAGGGUUGCUAAGGCAGGCAACAUACACUACUACCAGACUUGGGAUCUAUACAAGUCUUUUGGAGAGGGUCAGGGCUAGGAACCAGGGGGAGAAUCCUAAUUUUGCUUCUUUGUUGGCUAUUGGUCUUGUUGCUGGUGGUUGUGGGGCAGUUGUUGGUACCCCCGCUGAGAUUUCCCUCAUACGAAUGUGUGCUGAUGGCAGGUUACCAAAAGAACAACAGAGAGGGUACACCAAUGUGUUUAAUGCUUUGUCAAGAAUAACGAAAGAAGAGGGAAUUGCCACAUUGUGGAGGGGUUGCCUCCCCACAGUUGGCCGUGCUAUGGUGGUGAAUGCUGCACAACUGGGCACGUACUCCCAGGCAAAACAGAUGCUUCUCAAAUCAGGUUAUUUCCGUGAUAAUCUUUUCUGUCACUUUAAUGCCAGUAUGAUCAGUGGUCUGGUAACAACCAUUGCCUCCAUGCCAGUGGAUAUUGUGAAAACCAGGUUACAAAAUAUGAAAGUCGUAAGUGGAGUGCCAGAAUACUCUGGUGCCAUGAACUGCUUCACACGCGUGGUCAAGGUAGAAGGCGUGUUCAGUCUAUGGAAGGGGUUCUUACCGUACUAUUUCCGCCUUGGUCCUCAUACGGUGCUCACCUUCAUCUUCCUGGAAUUUUUUAUCAAGACCUACAAGAAGACUGCUGGCAUCGAAGGCUCAUCAGGUGGUCUCUGACAAGGGUUCCUCUUAAGAUCCAGGAAGGGAGUCCCAGAAUUACAAAACAUAGGUUUAUGUCGGAUUCAUUGCAGAGCAGAGAAUUACAACAUUACAACUAUCACACAGGUUGCUGUUAAUAUAAACUGUUAGUCCUUAAAUAUUUUUGGUCUUAUUCAGUUCAGGAUAAGGUUGCAGUUGUCUACUAAAACAGAAUGGAGAAUAUUUAUUUUAUUUAGAACAGAAACUAUUUCAUUCUUGUUAUCACAAGGGUGCUUUUUCUUUCUUCCUUUUUUCUUUUUUUUUUUCUUUUUCUUGAGACAGGACCAUGGUCACAUUUUUGUUCUUUACAAAGUUACAAUAUUGCAUAGACUCUUAACUUCUAUCCAUUUCAUAUAGACCGUUUCAAUGAAGGUGGCAUUUGCAGGUCCAGACCAAGAUGUGCUCACUAUACCUAGCCAUCUGUAAUGGGCAAAAGGGACCGUAAGCCCCCUUUACACUGCACUAUACCUAGCCAUCUGUAAUGGGCAAAAGGGACCGUAAGCCCCCUUUACACUGGAAGGCGUUCUUUCUGCACCAUUAGAGAGUGAAAAAAUAAUAACCAUUAACAUGCCGACAACUGACUGAGCAUUGAGCAUUCAUUCUGCAACCAAAGUGAUGCUUGUGCCUUCUUUCUACGCCAGUUUCAUGGUCACGCAAGGAAGGACGUUGUCCAGUGUAAAGAGGGUUUUAGAAACUUGUGCAGUUUUGAAAUCCUGUGUCUUGCCUAGAAAUGUCUUUAGUAUUGUUGUGCAAUGUUUUUUUUUUUUUUAAGAAAUCUAGCUAAGCUUGGUGUAAAGUAUUAAUGACACAAUUUGCUUCAUAUUAAUGCUACACCUUUAAAUGUCACAAACCUGUUUUUGGGACCUGUACUUUGGUUUAGUCAAAUAUAUAUCAUAUAAUUUUAUGUGUAAAUUAAUAUUGUUUAAACACAAAGUACUUUAAAAUUACUCUCUCAUUCACGGCACAUUUUUUCUUAAUUAUUUUGACAGAUAGCUGUGAGAUUUAUACUACUAUACAUAUUUUUGCCAUAUUGUCAACAGAUCUGAAGAAAGAAAAAUUCCUUUGAUAAUAUCCGUCAGUUUUAUUCAGAACUGUCUUUUUGUGCAAGGUUGUGCAAGAUUUCACAAGUGCAUAGGAUCCUAUUGGGGGGUGGGGGGGGGGGGUGACCAUAUGCAAAAAUUGUCCAUAUUGAUCAUGUUUGGUCUUUUUGAUACCUCUGCAAGGACUUAUUGGUGGGUAAACAAUUGCUUUUUUUUAAAUUACCUUCAGCAUACCAGUUUAGAUACAAGGAUACCAUUAAAUACAGUGCUUUAGAAGUAACUUGAUGUACAAAAAUGGAUUCCUUUUCAUUACUGAACAUAUAACUGAAAGAGUGGGACACAAUAUUGGUGGUGCGAUGACCAAGACAUUAAAUUUUUCUCUGCAACUUACUGUUGAUAGAAACAAUUUGCCACAAAAAAAGAAAGUGAAAUAAUUGAAUUAUUAUAUUUUAUUGUGAAUUUCAGAAUUUGUUAAUAUUCAGUAUAACAGUUAUUCAACUUAAAGUUUGUAAUGUAACUGUAGAGGCUUGGAUGUAUGUGUGGCGCAUUUUUUUUUCACUUUAUGUGUGUUAUGGUAUGUUUUUCCCCUCACUGUUAAAGAAUUAAAAAAAGAACACUGAUACAAAGUAUUUGGCAUUAUUUAAUUCACUCUCUUUGAAAACCGAGCACCAUUCCUGCCAUGCUAGUCAGGAUCAUGCAGCAAAUGAAUGUAAUUUUGAUAAAGAUUAAUUUUUUCUAUGGAUUUUAACCAUUGUCUACUAUGUUGACAAAUGUCAUUAUAACUUUUUCAAUUUAUAGAGGUUACAGUUUCUACUAACUUAAUUUCGAACUUGAUAUCAGAUUGUUACUAUCACGGUAACUGAAAAAA